GUCGAGAGGGAGCGCUGCUCCGCCCAGCUUUGCUGACCAAUUUUGCAGGCUCUCUACAAAACGCAGGAAUUUGCGGACCACCUCGAAUCGCACUUUUACACUACGAAGUCAGUCUCGGCCUUCCUGACAUCAUGCAUCAUGCCGCUUGCAGCGCUCUCAGCCACGGCACCAUCAUUGCAGAUACCGCCAGCCGCGGGGCCCGCCGUCUCGCUCGAGCCGCCGGACUCCAAGCUGCACCUGCUCGGGUCGCUCUCGGAUUUGGACCUGGCGAUGCUCAUCGCGGCGGCGCGGCUGGACAUCGUGGCGCACACCGACACGGUCAACUUCGCCAUGGCGUACGACGAGUACACGUCGCUCAUGGGCAGGCAGCGGGUGCAGUCGGCCAGCUCGGGCAUGCUGGCGCUUGGGGGCGGAGCGCGCGUGUGGGGCCGCGGCGCGGCGGGCAUCGCCUGGGAGCGCCUGGUCGCCCUCGGCUUGCUCGUUCCCGCAGCCCCGGGCGGCAGGGGGACGGCCGGUCUGGGCGGGUUGGACGCCAAGAUGUGGAAGGUGGACGUCGCGCUCGAGGAGAUUCCCGCGGCCGUGAAGCUGAACGCCGUCCUGGCAAGGUGGUGCAGGGAGAUUUAGCCCGGGCCUGGUUGAGAGGCGCCAGAGGCGCCAGCCUUGCUUGCAUGGGGCCCCGGAUCCUACGUCCAUCCACACUAAGCUGAUGCGCUGCAGCUAGUUACCACAACGGAUCAACCGAUGCUGCUGCUGCGACGCUGCUACAGCGCUGCAACCAGACUUUGGUGCACAACUCCAUAGGUGCAGCAUCUGUGUCCCAUGCACGACUGACGACGCUGCUUCCCGGACUUAGCGGGGAGUGUUCGCUUAUUCUGGUUAGCUGCUGCACCUACUCCGGACUUCGGAUUGGUUACUUCGUAUUCAGUGGUUCUCGGUAAUCUCCUGGAGCCGACAGCUUGGCGCAGGGGUUUGUCUACACUACACUACACUACUGUAUUUUCGGAUCGCACUGCCUCGUGCCCACGUGUGCGGG